UCUCUUCUCCAUCAAAUACACUAUUAACCAAAAUUUUCUCAUUAGAGAAGAAAACGAACAAAGAAAAAAGAAGAAAAAAGAGAUGGCAACUCAAGCCGCCGGAAUCUUUAGCUCCGCCAUAACAACCGCCGCAACCUCCGAUGUAAAGAAACUCCACUUUUUCACAACAACCCACCGUCCCAGAUCCCUCUCCUUCACCAAAACCGCAAUCCGCGCCGAGAAAACAGAUUCCGCCGCCGCCGCAGCCCCCGCCGUGAAAAAAGAAAAAGAAGCUCCGGUGGGAUUCACGCCGCCACAGCUAGACCCAAACACACCGUCUCCGAUCUUCGCGGGAAGCACCGGCGGUCUUCUCCGCAAAGCGCAGGUCGAAGAGUUCUACGUUAUUACAUGGAACUCACCGAAAGAACAGAUCUUUGAGAUGCCGACAGGAGGUGCAGCGAUCAUGAGAGAAGGUCCGAAUUUGCUGAAGCUAGCGAGGAAAGAACAGUGUUUGGCUCUUGGGACAAGGCUUAGAUCCAAGUACAAGAUCACUUACCAGUUUUACAGAGUUUUCCCCAAUGGUGAGGUUCAGUAUCUUCAUCCUAAAGAUGGUGUUUAUCCCGAGAAGGCGAAUCCGGGAAGAGAAGGUGUUGGUCUCAACAUGAGAUCUAUUGGGAAAAAUGUUAGUCCCAUUGAAGUUAAGUUUACUGGGAAACAAAGUUAUGAUUUGUAAGUUGUUUAAAACAUAAAAACUCUGUGAAAAAAGAAAAGAAAACAAAGUUAUGAUGACUAUGUUUGAUGUUAAUUUCAAUUGGGUUUGUAUUUAAUAAUUUUUCUUGCAUUUGUAUUUUUCUUUUCUGUUGUUCUGAUUUUA